AUGGCGCGGUCGUAUCAACCUAGACGCGGCAACCUAACAGCAGUUGAUGUCAUUGAGUUUCUCGUGUCCAUCUCGCCUCUGACAGACGAGGAGAGAUCAGAUACUCUCUUUGCUCAAUUGAACUUGAAUACAUCCUUUACGGAGGAUCAGAGCCCAGAAAUGCGUACAGCAGCACAAAUUGAAAGCACAGGGAGGGAGGAAAACAGACGUGAUAAUCAUCAGCACGUAGUUUGUUCCACGUGCGGGAAGAUAUCAGAGUACCACCAGCAUCUUACCCAAGAAACAUUUUUGACAACUAAAGAGCACCUGGAUAGCACAAACCAGACACACAACAAGGACAACGAACAUGAGGUCAUAACAAACUGUUCAAAGCUCAAGGAUAUAGUACCGGAAGCACGGAAAGAUGCAGGCGAGCACCAGUGCAACACCCUAGAUCAUCAAAAACAAGGGCCAAGCAUUAAUGAUGUCGAAUCCUUAAACCAGGGGUUGUGCAGGGAAGGGGGUUUGACGACUAGCCAGGAGAUAUCUAGCUCUGGAGUGAGAAUGCGAGUCCCGGAAGCAUGUGCUUCACCAAGCCUGCCACGGAUAUGCCAAGACGAUAUGCUUCCCGUUCACAGCUCUCCAGGGAAUAUAGGGAAGGCUAAGCAGCCCAUUCCGACUGCUUCCCCCAGACACAACCCUGCUUCACUGUUCCUAAAUCUCUUAGAUUUUGCUCCCGAGGAAGUCGACGGCAAUCCUGAUAGCCAAGCAUUGCUUCCUAUCGAACGUCCCCCAUACACAGCCAGUGUAGUCCCCACUGGGAUCAGCGCAGAGGGCGUGGUUCUUAACACUGUUCCUCCACAUAUGCUGGGAGUGCACAGAUCAAGCUCAAAUACCACUACCACGGCUGAAAGUUCAGCACUGUCCUCAGUGGCAGAACAACCAGCAUUGGCUUGGUCCGAUGAAGCUUCCAAGCCAAAACUUCAGUUCCAUCAAAAUGGUACAUUGAUCUUCGCUUCCUGUGAUAUUGACUCCACCAUCGACUCAGAGCGGUUCACUAAACUUUCUCCACAGAUCAGAAGCUCCCUCGCCAGAGAGGAAGCCCCAGAAAACAUGCGAGUACUCGUGGGCAUACCACUCGUGGGGUAG